AUGGACACUGAGGAAGAACAUGUUGUGCCCCCUUGGUUAGAACAAAACUGGGAACGACUAGAAGAAGUGAGGAAGAAAUUAACUGGUGGAGCAGUUAACAAAGGUUCAAGGCCUAAAAUACAAAAAAUUCCUCUGUACUUGGCUGAAAGGGUGGAGUUUAGAAGAUAUUAUGAACCACAACUAAUAUCUUUUGGUCUAUAUCAUCUAUCAAAACAACAACUGCUUCAAGGGAAGCCAUAUAAGGAUUUAUGGACAGCAAUGUAUCUUCAGCAUACUAAUCAACGAGUGAGGGACUUACAUUUCAGAAUUCUUCAACACGAUUGGAGGCCGUUUUAUCAAUAUGUUGAAUUAUCCAGAGACAGAGAUACCCAGGAAACAAUUUCUGUAUACGGCAAUCCCAGAAGCAAAGAUGACUUUGUUGCAGGUGUGCUGGUAUUGGAUGGAUGCUCUGUACUUGAAUUGCUCGAAAAAUCAGACUGCUCAGUUGAUUCAGAGCAAGAGCUAAAGAUUAGCAUUGACAAGCUUGUGAGGGUGCACCAAGAUCUGCUUGUCAUGGACAACCAAAUUCCUUUCCAAGUUCUCAGGCUCUUGUGUCAGGAUGAAGCCAGGCUCAAAAAAUGCCUCCAAAACUUCCUUCGAGUUCAUGGUAUUGAGGCAACACCCAAGCUUGGCAAAGGGAAACUAUGUUUUGGAAUGGAAAAGGAGAAUAACGGCACACAAAGUGGACAACAAGAAGUGCAAGAGAUUGAGGUAAUUGUCCAGGGAGAUGACCAACAAGACAAAGAUGAAGACAAAGACGAGCCAAUCCAUCUUUUAGAUUAUCUGCGGAAGGCCUUAUUGAUGAGAGACUGCAACACAAUCCAUAAGGAGAUCGUGAUCAAGAUCAAGAGGAGAUCACUGCACCUCAGAAAGUAUAGGAUUGGGACCAUACAGGAGCUCAAGGCAGCAGGGAUUGGUGUGAGAAAAGAUUCCCACAACAACUCGGUGUACCCCAGCUUCAAAGAUGGGAUGCUGCAGCUUCCUGAACUCAUUGUAGAUGGCUCAACACCUCAUAUAUUCUUCAACCUAGUAGCCUAUGAGAUGUGUCCUGAUUUUCACAACAACUUCGAGAUCAGUUCAUGA